AUGCUUAAGCAAAUUAAAGAAAGAGAAUUUGGAGAAGUAAAUCGAUUGGUCAAUAAUCUAAGGAAAAAAACCGAAGAGUUUUUAAAAAAAUACAGCAAAAGCGAAAAAGAAGCCAUUAGUGCAUUAGAACUUGUGGAAAAGAAAAAAGAACUUGAAAAAGAUUUAAGCAAAGAAAAAAGUCAAUUGAGAGAAAUCAUAUCUACAAUAAAGACUCUGGAAAAUGAAGAAUCAGAAUCAAAAACCAAAUACCAAAUUUGCCAAGAAAGAGAAAAGGAUUUAGAAAUUGCUGACUAUAGUAACUUAGACAAACUAAACAUUUCUGAAGAUCCCCAAGAAGAAAGUUCUAUCCAAGUUCAAAUAGAAAUCCCACCUAAAUAA